AUGGCUACUAAGAGUGGAAAAGCUAAAUCUCAGUCCAAGUAUAAACAUUUUGAUGAUAUUAUUGCAGAAAUUGACCAGGAGAGUGACACAGAAGGAAUGGAUGAGGACUCUGUGAGUGACCAAAGUUAUGAUUCCAGCGCGGAAGAAAUGUUUUUGGAAGGAAAAGAUACACUUUUAGACCAUGCCAGGGACUCGGAUGAACAAUGGGAACCCACAAUGUCAAGGUGUCCAUCCCCCACUAAUUCAGACGCUGAAGCUGGUUCAUCCAGCCGGACCCCUGCUGUCUCCUGCUCCACACCUUCCCCUGCCCGGCCAUCUAGAGGUGUGAAGAGGCCAGCCCAGAAGCGGAGGAGGGCCAGUGAACCAGCGACAACUACCACCGAGGCAGAGGACCGCUGGCACACUGUGCUAGAAGAUGAUGUGGAGCCACUUCCACCAACAUUUAGACCGAAAAGGCAGCCAGGACCUCAGCUGGACAAGACUGUAAAGUACAGCCCCCUUCAUCUUUUCCAGAUGUUUUUCUCCUUGUCAGUUCUUGAUUCGCUGGUUUCUAACACCAACAAGUAUGGGGCUAAGACACAAGCAGAUAAGAAAGAGGCAUGGAAGCCCAUUUCCAUCCAAGACCUGUACUGUUACAUCUCACUGGUUAUUUACAUGGGGUUUGUGAAGUGUAAAAACCUCAAGGACUACUGGAGAACGUCAACACUCUACCAACUGCCUUUCCCCUCCACUGUCAUGCCUUCUAAAAAGUUUCUGACUAUCUCGCAGGCGCUUCAUAUCAGUGACCCACAAGUUGACGACGACAAUGACAAGAAGAGAGGCACAGCAAGCUUUGAUAGGCUCUGCAAAAUCAAACCUCUCUACCCCAGCAUGGUUGAGGCUUGCAAGACCUAUUUUCAGCCCAACCAGAACCUGUCCAUAGAUGAGAGGAUGGUAGCCUCAAAGGCUAGAAUUGGCCUCAAACAAUAUAUGUGUAACAAGCCAACAAAGUACAAACUAGUGGGUUUUCCCAAAACAAAAGUAAACGACAUGCCAAAGCGGGCUGAUAGGGGUACCAUGCGAUGGAUUCGUAAAGAUGACCUGCUCUUUGUGAAGUGGAUGGAUACCAGAGAGGUGGUCAUGUGCUCCAGUAUCCACAAAUCGUACAGUGGCGAUCACGUAGUCAGGCGUGUGAAGGACGCUAAUGGGGAACAGACCACUAAAAAUGUCCCCAUUCCUGCUGCUGUGAAGGAUUACAACAAGAGCAUGGGAGGUGUGGACCUGUCAGACGCUCUGAUAGGCUACUACAAUGUUCUCCACAACACAACGAAAUGA